GUAGGAAUUUCUCCCAUCUAGCGGUGAAAUUGUAUAUUGCAUUCAAACGAAUAGUGCUCUCUAGCGCUUCGCUUUUUCCAAUGCGUGUUGCAACUACGGUAGCCGUUAUGUACCAAGAAGCUAGGACAACAUGUCUUCCAAUAGCGCUUCAUCGAGUUUUCUUUCGGGUGAUGAGAUAUCAUCAGGUGAUUCAACGGUAGGGAGAGGUAGAGGAAGAGGGAGAGGGAGAGGGAGAGCGAGAGGACGGGGACAGAGAGGCAGUGGAUCGGCGGGAGCUAGGCGAGGAGGAGGACGAGGAAGAGGACGCUCGGCAGCUUCAAGAGAUGAUCGCGAAAGAACUGAAGAUUUCCAAAGGCAGAGAAGAGAAGCGACAGAGAGACUUCUGCAGGAGAUGAGCCUUGAGGAUCACAGACGCCUCACAGCUGGACUGUUGGAGAGGCAGCCGGGUCUGAUUUUUGAUCUAUUGAUGGAGCAUCAGCGAAGAAAUGGUGCCCCUACAUCCGCUGCGGUACCAUGGUGUACCUGUAACCACUGCAGAGACAUGCCGACGGACAGAGAGCGGAAAUGCUGUGGACAAGACCCUGCCCACUGUGUGAGCCUCCUUCCACAUUUCACACAGUACUGCCUGGAUGAGGGUUAUCUGCGAAUACAUAGGCAGUAUCGGGAGGAUCUCACAGCAUUCGGAAAUGUAAGGGAGCCCGGUGAUGACAACCGUGAAUACAGGCACGCAGCUUACAGACACUUUAUUUUCUGGCAGCAUGGCGCAUUAGGAGAGGGGAACAGGAGAGUGAUUCCCAGCUGCUGUGUUUGCAGGAUAAGGUAA